CAUGUCCGAUCACAAUCCCACCGGAUCCAAUCCCCUUCCCUGGCUCAAUCCUUUUCUUCUCGCCGCCUUUCCCCGAUUUGAAUCCCAAUCCACUGCUUCAUCUCCUUGUUCCAUUCCACUGAUCGGGGAUUCCUUCGACAGCGCACAACGAUGGUCGCUUUGGUCUCUCGCCAUGGAAGGAUGCUACAGAGGUACAGGGCUGGCCGCCGCCUCGUCGUCGGAUGCAUUCCUUACAAGUUCAAGAUCGACAAGCCUUGUUCAGAAAGCAUCGACCGAGCGAUCGAGGUGCUCGUCAUAAGUUCUCAGAAAGGGCCUGAACUCAUGUUCCCAAAGGGCGGUUGGGAGCUUGAUGAAACUUUGCCAGCCGCGGCUGCAAGGGAAGCAUUUGAGGAAGCGGGCGUGAGAGGAAACUUUGAGGGCGAGCUGCUGGGGAAGUGGCUCAGCAAGGAGCAAGAUAAGAUCCACUACAUGUUCGCCAUGAGAGCCACGGAGAUGCUGCAGCAAUGGCCGGAGAUGAACAGGAGAGAACGCAAAUGGGUGACAGUUGCAGAAGCAAGGCAAGUUUGCAAGCAUUCAUGGAUGAGAGAAGCGUUGGAUAGACUGGAAGAGCUUGUUCCAAGUAGAAGCGAGCCGGAGGUUGACUUUGAGUGAACUUGGAUUGGUGUUUUACAGAGUUGACUGUGAUUUCUCUACUGUUAAUAGAAGUCGUAAUGGAAGAUAAAAUUGCAAUAAAAAAAUUAAAAUAAAGCACAAAUAAAAAAUAUAAAAACAAUAUAAAAUUUUGCA